AGAGCCCGCGCGGGGCGUGUCCACGCGCGCUCCGCUCUCUGCCAUUGGCUGUGGCCGCGCCGUCGAGAGGCGCCCGCCGCUAUAUAAGGGAGCGGCCGGAGGGAGGCGGAUUCAAACCGCGGAGCGCGGCCUCGCACCCCGCACUGCCCGAGCGGCGGCCCCCGCGCGAGAGCAGCCCCCUCCGGCCACACCGGCCCGGCCCCACCCCCCACAACUAGAAUAUCGCCAGCAACUCGCUCGGGCAGCCACGACCCACGCAGGGGGUGGGGGGAGACAACUCGCCGAGUCAAACGCAGGGGCGACGGCGGGGCGAGCGAGAGGCGCGUGGAACUCGCGCAGGACGGCCAUGGUGCAGCAGGCGGGCGGCCGGAGCAUCGUGGAUCGCCCCGAGCAGCAUGCGGCGGCUUCGCGCUCCGACUCCGAAGCCGAGGGCUCGGACCCCGGCUCCGUGGCCCCGGGGCCGCUGGUGGGGGUCCUCGGGACGGAGAGCGGGGCGCCGGGCCCCGGGUGGUGCAAGACGGCGAGCGGGCACAUCAAGCGGCCGAUGAACGCCUUCAUGGUGUGGUCGCAGAUCGAGCGGCGCAAGAUCAUGGAGCAGUCGCCCGACAUGCACAACGCGGAGAUCUCCAAGCGGCUGGGCCGCCGCUGGAAGCAGCUCAAGGAGAGCGAGAAGGUGCCCUUCAUCCGGGAGGCGGAGCGCCUGCGCCUCAAGCACAUGGCCGACUACCCCGACUACAAGUACCGGCCGCGCAAGAAAGCCAAGCUCGCCCAGCAGCAGCAGCAGCAAGGCAGCCCCAAGGGCGGCACCGCCGCGGGCAGGAGCUCCAGCAGCAAGAAGAGCAGCGGCAAGGUGAAGGCGCUGCAGCUGCAGCAGCAGCAGCAGCCAAAGAUGGGCUCCUCGCUGCUGCUGCUGAAGGAGGCGGCUGGGGGCGGCAGCAGCAGCAGCAGGGCGAGGGCGGCCAAGCGGAGCUCCAAGGGCGCGGCGGGCGAGCGGGGCAAGGCGGCCGCCGCCGCCUCCUCCUCAGCCGCCUCCUGCUCCUCGUCUCAUGCCGCAGCCGCAGGCGCCUCCGUGCCCUCGAGCCCGACCCUCAGCAUCCCCGGCGAGGCUGUGGAUCGCCUCAGCUUCUACGAGGAGUGUGGAGUCCCAGAGGGUGCCGCCAGCAGCAGCAGCAGCGGCAGCAGCAGCAGCGUCAGCAACUUGAGUUCAGCCAUCAAGAGGGUCACCUCUCCGCCUUUAUCCACCACGUCGUCGUCCUCGUCGAGGUCCCUGUCCACCUCCACGGUGUCGUCUUCGUCUUGCUCCAGCGACGAGGACGACAUGUUCGACCUGGAGCUGGAGCUGGGCUCGUCGCCCGCCUCCCCGUCCAGCGUGGACCUCAUCCUGGGCAGCCUCGGCGCGCUCGACCGCGAGGCGGACGCGCUGAGCACGGGCAGCUCGGGCGCGGGCUCCCACUUCGAGUUCCCAGACUACUGCACGCCCGAGGUGAGCGAGAUGAUCUCCGGGGAGUGGAUGGAGUCGAGCAUCGCCAACCUCGUGUUCACCUGCUGAAAGGUGGUGGGGGAAGGAUCAGCAGCAGCAGCAGCUCUGUCAUCACCAGCAGUACCAGCAGCACCAGCAACAGCAGCAGAAGCUAUGGAGAGCCAAGCUGCGAGCAAGGUAGCUGUGUGAACAUACACCUAGCGAGCAAGGCGCGCAGCAGAGGAGGAGGGUGGUGGUGGUGGCGGCAUAGCGGAGUAUAAGAGGAUAAGUCUGAGGAGCAGAGCGCGCGAGGUUGGAGCAGGAGGAUGAGGCUGGUGCACUGCACGUGGACUCACUCGAGUGCGGCGUGGAGGAGAGGCGCUCUGUGCCCAUGCCCUCGCAGCGAUGCCGUCUCUCGCUAGAACUGUGUUCUCGCCUUACUGCUGGCCAGCCAGGGUCCCGCCUGAUGGGGAGUUGCGGCAGUGGGUUCUCCCAGGAGCCGGCAGCUUCUCCAGGGUCACCCCUUACCCCCCCACACCCUCCAGGUCUUCUUACCCCCCCUCCUCCACUCGCCCUCCUCCUCCAGAGAAGGGACUGUCACCCCCCCCCCCCCCAAAGCAUACACCAGCCUCCCAUCCAUCCCCGCUCAGCACCCCAUCAUUCCCAGACCCUUGAUGAGUGUACCCCCCUUUUAUUCCCAUCCCCCUUUCUUCCCCCCCCCCCCCUUUCUCUUCCCCCCUCUUCCCCGAAACAUUAAACUCUCAGGAGCCAUUAGAUGGAGCCAACGCUGGGACAGUUUUUACAAGUGAAUAAUAAUAAGUCAAGAUCCCAGCAAGGCGCCGUCUAUUAUAGUUAAACUAUUUCAGGACCAAACCUCAACCACAUUCGCCGUAUGAACAGGACCUUUUGAGAAAUCGCGGACUGUUUUUAGAGGUCGAUGAUUGUCCCAUCGACUAAACUAGCUUUUUUGUAGUCGUCUUUGGGCUAGGUAUAAAUAACCGUGUUAGAAGCUGGUGGAGUGGUGGGUGGUAGGCUUUUUUGUAAGGAUGUUUGUUAUACCAUUGGCCGUUUGUGACUGGUAGUUUUACAAAAAUCCAUGCUCUAAAACAAAAACAAUCUAUAACUCUGGUAUUUCAUACUCUGUAAGGGCUAGACACGAUGCCUUUACAACUCAACAGUCGAGUACUUUGGCCAUUCCUGACCGUGGUAGUCACUUGGUUUGUUUUUAAUCGAUACAAAUCGUUUUCUUACUCCGCGUGUGCGAUUUGUAAUUGCGUGUUACGGAAAACCGUCAAAUGCCCUGAAUCAAAUGGCACAUUUCAAGUCGCCUCCCCCAUCAAUGGACGGAGUCGCUCACAGCAGACGUAUGUGUAUUCCUAUUUUUGCCUACUGAAAUGAUUAUUUAACGUGUACUGAUUUAUGUUUUUAUAUUACUUGUCGUUUUGUUUUUGUAAAGGACUGUAAUAUGACGAUUUAACGCCACUGUACAGAACGCGGCUUUGUAUGAUCGGUGUCCCCCCGUUCGUGUGUCGCUGUAUUUAAUGCGCAGUCCAGUGUACCCCGUGUGUGUGUGUGCGCGCUCCUCGCUUUCACCAUUAUAGUCGCAACUUUGUGCAAUAUGUUAACACUGUAUUGUACUUUCUUAGACGAGCACUCUUGUACAAACAUUUUUUUUACGAAAAAAAAUUCAAUUUCGGUUUUCGUUGUGUGUGCGCGUGUUCCUGCGAUGCGCAAAUGCGCAGUCGGCUGACUGCUCCGUUUGUAGAUAAUUUAUUUCUGAGCGAAUAAAAAAAACGGCUGGACCUCA